AUGGCGUCAGAGCAAGCAAGAAGGGAGAACGUGGUGAAGGAAAGAGAAGUUAAAGUGGAGAAAGACAGAGUCCCGAAGAUGACGAGUCAUUUCGAGUCAAUGGCUGAGAAAAGCAAAGAUUCCGACACCACACAGAAGCACCAGGAGACAACAACACACUUUGUGUCGCUUUCGGACAAAGGAAGGGUGUCUGAUGAAGAUUCGAAGAUGAAGAGGACUCAGAUGCCUCAAACGGUCGGAAAGUUCGUUGUGAGCAGUGGUGAGAAAGGAGAGGCGGGGAAGAAGGAGGAGCAAGAGAGGGCUUCACUAGAGGACAUUCAAGGGUUUAGAGCCAAUGCUCAGCAACAAUCAAUGAAUACGAUCCGAGCAGCGGAGGAACGUUACAACAAGGCUAAGGAGGGUUUGAGCCAUGGUGGACAAGGAGGGCAACAAGCGGAGGGAAGAGGAAGAGAGAUUGGUGUACACGUUACUCACGUUGGGACAGAGAAAGGGGGAAACGUGAAGGACACGGCAAGUGAUAAGACUCAGAGAGCUUCUGAGUACGCGAGGGAGAAGGCAAGGGAAGCAGGACACAUGGGAGCUCAGAAAGGGCAAGAGACUAAGGAGCAAGCUGGUAGAGCUAAAGAUUACACUAUGGAGAAAGGAGGAAACGUGAAGGACACGGCAAGUGAGAAGACUCAGAGGGCUUCUGAGUACGCAAGGGAGAAGGCAAGGGAAGCUGGACACGUGGGAGCUCAAAAAGGGCAAGAGGCGAAGGAACAAGCUGCAAGAGCUAAAGACUACACUAUGGAGAAAGCUGGUGAAGCUAAAGACACAGCAGCAGAGAAAGCUCAGAGAGCUUCUCAGUAUGUAACUGAGAAAGGAAGAGAAACAGGCAACACUGCAGCUGAACAAGCUGCAAGAGCUAAAGACUUAGCUGUACAGAAAGCUGCUGAAGCUAAGGAUAUUGCGGCUGAAAAGGCUCAAAGAGCUUCUCAGUAUAUGGCCGAGACAGGAAACACUGCAGCUGAAAAGGCUGCAAGAGCCAAAGACUACACUCUACAGAAGGCUCUUGAAGCUAAAGACAUUGCAGCUGAGAAAGCUCAGAGAGCUUCUCAGUAUGUAGCCGAGAAAGGGAAGGAGACAGGGAACGUUGCUGCUGAGAAAGGACAAGUAGCCAAAGAGCAGACGGUUUCAGUGGCGGCAAAAGCCAAAGACUACACAGUUCAAAAGGCAGGUGAAGCUGUGGAGAUGAGUAAAGAAGCGGCUGAGUAUGCAAAAGAGACGGUGGUGGAAGGAGGAAAAGGAGCUGCACAUUACGCUGGAGUGGCGGCUGAGAAAGCUGCUGCUGUUGGGUGGACAGCAGCGCAUUUCACCACGGAGAAGGUUGUGGAAGGGACAAAAGCUGUUGCUGGUACUGUGGAAGGAGCGGUUGGUUAUGUAGGGCACAAGGCGGCAGAAGUGGGUUCUAAGACGGUGGAUUUGACUAAGGAGAAAGCUGCAGCGGCUGCUGAAACGGUGGUUGAAUACACAGCGAGGAAGAAAGAGGAAGCUCAACACAGAGACCAAGAGAUGCAUCAGGGAGGUGAGGAAGAGAAGCAACCAAGGAGAGGCUAUGAAGAGGAGUACAGAGGAGAAAGAGGGAGUGAGGAAGAUGUGUUUGGGUAUGGAACAAAAGGAAUCUCCGGAGAAGGGAGGAGAGACAUCAGGGAGGAAGAUGUGUUCGGAUAUGGAACACAAGGAGUCUCCAGAGAUGUUGGAGAGGAGGAGUUAUAUGGAGGAGGAGGGGGAAGGAACGAGAGAUACGUCCAAGAGGAAGGGGCUGGAGCGGGAGGAGUGCUUGGGGCUAUUGGCGAGACUAUAGCUGAGAUUGCAAAGAACACGACCAACUUAGUUAUUGGUGAUCUUCCUGAGAGGACACAUGAGCAUGGAACUGCUGGCGGUUAUAUGGGACAGGACCAAGGACGUCGUUGA